GUCAGAGUGAGCAGAGACAGAAGGGAGAAAACAUCAGCCAGGAAAACAAAGAGAAUCAACGGGACUGAACUCAGACGGCUGAUCUGUGAGUUUUACCGACUAAUCUACUGUACUAUAACUCUUAAUGAAACCUGAGUAUCCAGACAUCAUGAGUAUUUAAUUCAUUUAAGUUUUAGUUAAUCAGGAAAACCUUUUGAAGAUUAGAGAUCUGUUUUACAGACUGUGCUUGUCAAAACUAGUAUGUGUCAUCAAAAUUACAGACACAUGAAUCAAGAUUUAACUGUCAACAUAUCCUGGUUCAUAAAACAGAAAGUCAUCAUUCAGAGCAUCUAAAGCCAUCUUUCUCCAACAUCUUCAAUCUGUUUUCAAACCUCUAACAAGAGACCGGCUCCUUAGAGCCAAAUCCUCCUGCAGCAGAUUCCAGUCUGCUGGAGCAGCAAAACCUUAAACGCUUACACCUGUUUGAAGCCUCACUCAAGGGACAGAAAGCAAAAAUAAGUCAUGUGACUGGUUCACAGACCAAAGACUGGAGCGUCCAGCAUUUUUCAUUCAAAUUAAAUGACAGAAAUGAGAGAAGAGCAGCUUAAGGAUCUCCUAAAGUGACUCAGGCUACAUGUAGAAUAAUCAUACAUAGAAUAGUUCUGGGUUAGAAAGACUGUACAUCUGUAAUGAACCUCACAGCUCCAUGGCAAACAGUCUCCAGAGGAUGAGGGCUUUGAGAUGAUGCAAGCAUAUACAAAACAUCACCGUACAUAGAAGAAGCAGAGACUUACCUUUUCUGUGCACCAAAAGACUUAAACAUGAAUUAAUACUGGAGUUCAAACACCUUUACGAGACGCUUUGUAUAAAGUUUAUAAGACAGAGUCACCUUUUAAGAAUCACAAGUGUUUAUAAAAAGAUAGACUCAACCACACACCCUGGGAGGUGGAAAGAGACGUCAGCUUUUCCUUUGAGACAUCAUGGUUUUGUUUGAUCAGGAUUAGGAUGAAUUUUAACUCACAACUGGGUUAAAAGUGUGUAUGAUUCUGUAUUACACUUACAGCAGGUUUUAAAUGACACUUGUUGGCAAGAGUUAGAUCCUUUCAACAUCUUAUUUCAUCCUUUGUUUCAAACAUUUAUUCUGCAAACACUCCUGUUUUUCAGGGUUUAGUCUUGUUCCUUCUCUGAAUCUUACCGUGUCUAUUCCUGCAGGAAAAAGAGGCUAAUUUGAAUAUCACAUUUUCUGCUCACUGACUUUGAAUCCAUAUGUGGGUCAGUUUUUAUGACUGCACUGAUAACUGUGAGCCAAGAGUGGGGAAAAAAAAGCUUGGAUUGCCCAUAAUAGCAAAAAAUUUCACACCACUGUUUAACGAGUGCAGCACUGCUGUACAAAUGUUCCCGCAUUAGAAGUCACUCUUGACAUUAAAAGAAACAUACUAAUAAGUGUUAAAGUGUGUUUUUUGUGUAAAACUUGGUAACUAGACCAGUAGAAUUGGAGUAAGAUUGAUUUAGUCUUUCUGAAAGUCACAAUUGAGAGUUUUUUCUGCUUUUAUCUAAUCUUGUAUGCACUAAAACUGUGAACAGUAUGAACUCUGUGUAUCACGAAUAUGUAGGGGGUCAAAGGUUAGGGGUCGACCUGUGUUGAUGCUAAAUCUUCUUCCUCUUUGAACUGAAGCUUCUGAUUAAAGGUUAGCAGUUAGCGGUUAGCCAGAUGUCCAGAUGUGGUUACAGCAGCAGCUGGAUGCUGAUUGGCUGUCGUCACAGCGCUGUAAUUAAAUACACAGAUUAGAGACCGAGUGUGUACGUAGUCCUGUAUUUCUAUAUUUGUGAGGACUUUCUGUUCUUCAAAGACUGUUUGAAGAUUCAGAUUUGAGGAUUAAAGUGUGUUUGUGGUUGUGUGUGAGUGUGGUUGUGUGUGUGAGUGUGUGUUUCUCUCUGUGAUUUAUAAUUGUCAAGCAAGCCUGGAGGUUUCUCAGCUGAUGUUAAGAACAAAAGAUACAUCUAAAAAUAGCCCCAGGUCUUUCCCAUUUUCUCCAGUCGAGAUAAAUAUUUAUGUUAUAUAAACGCCAUAAGGAGACCCUGAAAGGACAUGGAGAGACAGGAAGGAUAUUUCGAUGGGGGGGGGGGGGUCCUUUAGAAAUUUUUGCAACACUCACAGUAAAAUUUUUAUAAGAUUCUGAAAGACUUUCACAAAAUCUAAAGAACCUUUUAUGAGAUCUUGCAAAAAUAUUUUAUUCUGGUGAGUCACAACGGGUGUACUAAUAAGUCACAGCUGACUGUGGACUGUAGUUUGUCCUGCGUGGAGGAUGGCUCUUAGCUAUUAAAACCAGGUGGCAGAUGGUGGUCUACUUUCACUUGGUUGGGUGAAGAUUUUGCAAAUGCAGUAUCAAAUGAUGAACCACUGGGAGCCCACCUACUGCCAUUUCAAGGUUGGAUAUUUACUCCCUUUUACACCUCAUCUGCAAUGUGCAGUCUGUGGAAGUGUAUGGUAGAGUUUUUCUUCCUCUUUUUUCCUUCCUGUGAUCAGUAACAGACACAGGGGAGAUGAAGGUGACAAUUUGUAGCCUUGGAGCUGACAGGGUGGAACAGCAGUGUGUGUGCAUGUGUUCAUGCCACUGCUGCCUCUGUAGUUUUCAUAAUGGGAUGUUUAAUGACACACUGGGUCACUAAUAUCACACCUUUUCCUGAUGCAGUUUGUAUGUAGUGAUGAAGGAAGUCCAUUCCAGCACUGCAACAGAGUUGUCGCAUGUAAGAGUCUCACAGCUCUAGAUUUUGCAAAUAAAUGUUUGGUACCUUUCUAAAGAUUAUGCAAAGCAUUUUUCUGGAUCUUCCAAAAAUUCUUCAGAGAUUUGCAAAAGUUAUAAAGGGUCUCAAAAAGUUGACUGCAAAAGGUUAUGUUGGGAAAAAUUUGCUAAAGUGUCUAAAGCUCUAAAAAACACUUCCCAAGGAUCUUACAAAGGAUUUUGGGGAUCAAUUUAAAAUAUCUCACUAAGUCUGGAAGGUUUUGAACAAGUUUCUCAAAGUGACACACAACUUUGUCAGGAUCUUGCAAAAGCUUCCCAGAAUCUGACCAAGUUUCAAAUGAUCUGGAAAUCACACAAAAGUAAUUUUGUGAAUGUUUCCCAUAAUCUUACAAAAUUUUCUUGGGAACUUGCAAAAGUUUUCUAAAACUCUUGCAAAAGGUUUCUGAAACAUGUUUUAAGAUCUAGUUGAAGGUCCUCAGGUUUGUACAAACAUUUAUUAAGAUCUGGUUUAAGUUUCUAUUUGGAGUUUGCUUGUAUGUUGUGGACGCUUGUCAGUCUCUUGCAAUAUUUGAUCUUACAAAUGUCUCUCAAGUUUGUGCGAGUUUCUCAGCAUCCUUUAGAAGUCUUCAUGUGAAAAAAAAAAAGAAUAAGAAAACUUGUUUAAGUGUUUAAGGAUCUCACAAAAGCUUCUUGGCAUCUUAAAAAUAAUUCCGUAAAUCUAGCUCAGCAUCUUUCCUCAGCAUCUUGCACAUGUUCCUCAGGAUCUCGUAAAAAUGGAUCAGAACCUCUAAAAAGUGUUCUUAAAAUCUCAAAGAAGUUUUUUUAAACAGGUUUUUGCAAGUUUAUGUGGUGGAAGUUUGUUUUGAUUUCCCCACAUUUUGUUAGGAUCUUCCAAAUGUCUCUCAAGUUCUCAUAAAAGUUAAUUUGAAACUUAAAAAAACUUCUUCAAAAUCUCACAAAAGUUACUCUGGAUAGAGCAAAAGGGAAAAUUUUCCCAGAAUUUUGUAAAAAAGUUUUUAAAGAUUUUUUUUUUUUUUUAAUCACAUUUUGCAAAAGAUUUUCAAGCGUGUACCAAUGUUUCUUUGGAUUCAUCUUGACUAUCUCAUGUUGAUGGAAAAGUUCCUCAUGAUCUUGCAAAAACGUUUCAAGGACCUUCUCAAAGAUUCCUCGUCCAAAGAAAAAUUUCCAUCCACAAAGUUUUUUGAAGGGUGACCUUCAUUUUUUCUUUUGUAGAAAAUAAGUAAAUGGACAGCCAAAUAAAUUGAUAACCUGAAUGGCUGAAGGUGAACCUGGUGAAUUGAUUUAUAACAUGUUGUGCACGUUUCACUGUAACCAUCAACACAAGAUUCAGAACCAAACCAGAAAGUAAACAAAGUCCUCUGCCCCUCAGGUUCUGUUAAAAGAACGGGGGAGGACAGAAGGGGAGAACAAGUGGGGGGACAGAGGGGGUGAGUAUUGUGAAAGAAAGGUUACUGCAGUUCAAGUUGAACUGUGUUUGUAUGGACGACAGUCUGGGAAUGUGUUCAGCUGUGAGACAUGGAACAACAGGACGGACAAAAAACCUUUUUAGACCGUCUGUACAUUGUGACAUCUGACCUCAGUACAGCUUCUUGUGUACCCUGGAGGAUUGUGUGUCUGUGUACAGUUUCUGUGUGUGUGUGUUUGUGUAUGUGUGUGUCUGUGUGUGUGCAUCACUGCUCAGGGUCCAAACAACCCACGACGUGCUGGAUCUGUGUGUACGAAUCCAGCACAUCAAGACAAGAAUGCCAAGUAGAAAAAACCCUCCUAAUGACUCGGUGACACAGACGGUGCAGGCUUGUCCGGCUCAGUCAAAAUUUAAUCCUGAACAUUUUUAUUGAAAUAAAGGCAUGUUAAAAAAAUACAGUCUGUCACUGAGUUUACUCAGAGGUGAUUUAGCCUAUGGCCAACUGUUGGGAGCCUUUUUCCCAGAAUUCUUUGGUAAAACAAACAGGGUUUCCUGUUGACAAAAAUGGCAGUCACCACCCUGUCUAGGUUUGUCUGAUAGAGAGCCAACCUCAGAGUGGAGUAGGGGAGACAGGAGAUGUUUUUUGUCUGAAUCCUGAUAAUUACGACUCACUGCUCACGAAAAUUAAAAAUCCACUAUUUUGAAAUAUUAGAAAAUUACAAAACACCAAUCUAAAAAGAAGGAUUUUUAAUACAGAAAUCUGAAUCUUCCUGAUCCCCCUCCAGACUCUGGGACCUUGAUUUCCAAACAAGAUGCUAAAUUGACUUCAAUUCGAGAACAGGACAUUGGACCACUAAGCAAUAGUCCAGUUCUUUUUCCUCGUAGUCCAGGUGAGACUCUGGUUCAGGAGGAGUGUUUUGACAGUAGGAACUCGACCCUUGUAGUCCAAUUUCCUGGACCCAUCUGUGUGUAGUGGCUCAUGGUGUUCAGACUCCAGCCUCAGUCCUUGUGAAGCUCCUCUUAGUUCUUGAAUCUGCUUUGUUUGAUGAUCCUCUCAAGGCUGCAUUCAUCUUUAGAGCUAAUGAGCUGAUUGGAGCUCUUUUCUGGACUGAUAGAACUGAAAAGAAACUGGACUUUCCUGAAAUAUUCCUCGUUUUCAGAUGGAGGGUUUUUGAUUUUCGUGAUUUUUAAGCCAUAAUGAUCAAGAUUCAGGCAAAAAUCUCUUAAAAGGUUUCUUUUUAUAUGUGAUUAAACUAGAAUAAAUGGAAGUUUUACUUAGAAUAAAAUCAACUUAAGUACAUUAUUUUUUUUGCCUGAACUAAUGAACUAUUCUUGAGGUAACUAGAUUAAUGAAUUUAAUCAAAUAAAAAUUGGAAUUGAUCAAAUGGCUUGAUCAGUUUUGGAGUCAGGAACAGUUUUAGCAAAAACAAAAUGGGCAGAAUAAAUCAAGAGAAUCACAUGGACUCAAUAUUCAGUGUAUUUAUAUAUGGAGAGAGUGAGAAGCUAACUAAUCUCUUUUUAUGUUUUUUUAUGUAUGUGGUGUGUUUUAUCAUAUCAUUAUAAUUCAGCUGGUGCCUGAGCUCACCAUUAGUAAUAAAAGACGAGUAUUUACUGACUUAAAAUGAGCCACUUUUAAAGAGUUGUCUUACAUUGUAGAUUCCCCUUCCAGACAUUCACCUUUCACUCCAGCAGAAAAUCCAGCAUGGUCUGCUGAAAGGAGCUCUUAUUUUGAAGGAACUCUCAAAACAUCAAGCUAUCACACCAAGAUGGCAUCUUUUGAGACUGCCUGUUCAAGAUCUGUAUGAGUUUUUCAUCUUCUUAUGUUCUUUGUGUUUCAGGUUGACACACUGUCUCAGGAUGACCUCCUGUCUGCUGUCACUCCUCUUCCUCUUCCCUCUGGUAUCAACCAUUAAGGCUCAACCAGCCGGAUGCAAAAUUCGCAUCACUGACAGAGGACUUGACAUGUGUAAGAGCAUUAGAUACUCACCAUGAACAAGAAAUUAACUGAGACCCAAACCGGUUCAGAGUAAACUUUGAUAUAGAUUUGAUCUGUCACUAGAAUAUAUUAUCAUUGUUGAAAUGAAACUUAAUUUUGAAACUUUAAUUUCAUUCCAAUUAUCUUUAUUAAAUAAUUAAACGAUAUUUAGUAUUAUAGUUCUAUUUCUAUUCCUAUUUGUAGUCUUUGAAAAAUCUACCCCCUUCCUUCUGUAAUAGUUGAAUCUGCAACUCCAUUUGAUAUAACUAUUCUCUUCAGUUUGGAGCCAGAUUGAAAAUAAAGGCCAGACUUAAAAUGGUUUCAAACCUAACAUCUUUCCCACAUAUGUAACUAUAAUACUGCUUUAAAUUUUUUUAAUUUUUGAACCGUCAUACAUAAAAAUAUCUCAGAUUGUUCAACUGUAACAUAUUAAACAUGUACAAAACCCAAUUCCAUUGAAGUUGGGAAAUUGUGUUAAAUGUAAAUAAAAACAGAAUACAAUAAUUUGCAAAUCCUUUUCAACCUAUAUUCAAUUGAAUACACUACAAAGACAAGAUAUUUAAUGUUCAAACUCAUAAACUUGUUUUUUUUUUCAAAUAAUAAUUAACUCAGAAUUUCAUGGCUGCAACACGUGCCAAAGUAGUUUGGACAGGGGCAUGUUUGUUUUAGGAGCACUGUGUUACAUCACCUUUCCUUUUAACAAAACUCAAUAAACGUUUGGGAACUGAGGAGACUAAUUGUUGAAGCUUUGAAGGUGGAAUUCUUUCCCAUUCUUGCUUGAUGUACAGCUUCAGUUCUUCAACAGUCCGGGGUCUCCGUUGUCGUAUUUUAAGCUUCAUAAUGCGCCACACAUUUUCAAUGGGAGGCAGGUCUGGACCAUAGACUGUGUAUAGAAUGGACAGCGUCUGCCUCUUUGCUGGGUGAAGCCCAUAGACUGUAUAUACUAUGGACAACUUGGUUCCGCCUACCAACUGUAUACGGAUUUGAAGCCAAAAAGUUCUUGGUAUUUCUGGGAUUUUUCUUCAUUUCCUGAAACCUGCGCUGCGCAGUAGCGAUGCGUGCAUUCGGCCGCGCAGUCGCAGAGAGUCGCUGUGAUGACGCUCGGUUCAAACAGCGUAUCACCCGGGAGAGCUACGCAAUCCCUGAACGCCCAUAGGUUGUAUCAGGUGUCAAUCAUAGAAAACAUGAACCCCCUAAUAACUUUUAAAAACGGAGCUUCACAGAAAAAAGAAGACUUGAGCACAAACCAGUCUUACAAUAACUACAUGUCAACAUCGCAAGCAGUGGGGAGAAACAUUUAUAUUCUGUGUAAUAAAUUUCUAAAAUUUGUCCACAGCCCUAUAAGCUUUGCUGGCGGAGGCGGGAUUUACGACCUAUACUGCAGCCCAUCAACAGAGGGCAAGCAGUUGUUCACAUAGUGGUGAACCUCGCCCCAUCCUUGCUUGUGAAUGACGGAGAAUUUUUGGGGAAGCUGCUUUUAUACCCAAUCAUGGCACCCACCUGUUCCCAAUUAGCCUGCUCACCUGUGGGAUGUUCCAAUUAGGUGUUUGAUGAGCAUUCCUCAAAUUUCUCAAUAUUUUUUGCCACCUUUCCCAACUUCUUUGUCACGUGUUGCUGCCAUCAAAUUCUAAAGUUAAUGAUUAUUUGCAAAAAAAUAAAAAAUAAAGUUUACAAGUUUGAACACUAAAUAUCUUGUCUUUGUAGUGUAUUCAAUUCAAUAUAGGUUGAAAAGGAACUUUUUUUUUUAGUCAAAAUUAGUCAACUUGUCUGCUGAGUCAUUCAUGCCACUGUUUUCUUGUUUCCAGUGAAGUUUGAGACUCAGAAGUUUGUUGCAGAGGAGCUCAGUAACAUCAGUAUGCCAGAGAUGAAGGGGAAAGAGGGACGCUUCCAAUACACCAUCACUGAGUACAUAUAAACCCCCAUUAACAGUAAAAUACUGUGAUAUUGUCAUACUCAGUACUCAACAUGUGUACUCUCUCUCUCUUUUUGUCAUCAGUGUGAAGAUCACAGAGUUGAAUCUCGCUAAUGCUGAUCUGCAGUUCAUCCCUGAUGUUGGUUUGUUGUUUGACGUUCAGAACUCAUCGAUCUCUCUGACCUUCAACAGACGGGUCCUCUACUGGUUCUUGUAAGUUCUCCGGCCCACUAUCUAUAACUUUUUUGUUCUUCCUACAUGAUGGUGAAGUGUUAUGCUAAGGAUGGUUUUGUUGAUAGUUUAUGAUUUUGAUGAUGAUCAUGAUGGCAGCUGUGCUCCUGGAUGGUACUGUCUAUAAUUAAUAACUAUGUGUUACUUUGAGUGACAGUAGUAAUUAAUAAAAGAAGUAGUAAUUCAGCCUGAAGAUGAGCUUUUGUUAUAUCUCAGCUACGACACAGGAAACAUCAACGCAUCAGCUGAUGGUGUGGACAUGAACACAGCUCUGACCCUGAUUAGAGAUGUUGAAGGUCGACUGAAGAUCAACAACAUAACCUGUGACGCCAACAUUGCCAAAAUGAAGGCCAAGUUUAGUGGAACGCUCGGGUAAUGAGUGAAUCAUUAAAAAAAUUCUGUCAACUGGAAAAAUGUACAAAUGGUAAUUGCUGUCAUGUGACCUCAGCAUUGGCCAAUCAGGAGCAGUUAGUAAUCACAUCUUUUUAUAUUUUUCAGGAGAGUUUAUGAUUUCCUGGCCAGCCUUUUGACCACAGGCAUGCGCUUCCUCCUCAAUCAGCGGGUGUGUCAACUGUCUUACAUUCAGCUGUCUCUUACCUGUCUGUCUUGUGUCUUCACCAUCUAUCCUCUAUGUCUUAUUCCAGUCUCUCACCUGUUCAUCUCUCACCUGUCAAUUUCUCAGAUGUCUGUCUCUUUAAAAGGUUUCCGGCCUCUUUUCUCCAUCACAUGGUUCUUUUUACACAUCUCUUAUCUGUCGAUUCUCCACUUGUCCAGCUCUUACCUCUUUUGAUGGUACAUCUCACUUGUAGAGAUCGAACACGACUGUCUCUGACUUGUUUGACCACAUAUUACUGUAUUUCUCUGAUGUCUUUUACAAGUCUCUAACCUUUAAAAAGGACUGUAUCUGUCGUUCACCAGUCUGAUCUAAGUCGCCCUCUCUUAUCAGACUCUCUGACCUGUCUGCCCCUGACCUGUCACAGUCUCUCUCUCUAUGACCUGUCUUUCUCUACAUCUGUUUGUCUUACAUGUUGGUGUUUACUAACUCUCUCUCUCUCUGGACCACAUUUCUCUCCAGUUUGUGUGCCUCUGGUGCUUUUGGACCUGUCCCUACCUCUGAUCUGUCUCCUUCUUUUUCUCAGAUCUGUCCUGCUCUGGAUCAUGCUGCUCUAGUUCAUGUGAACCAGUUGUUGGAGACGAUCCCUGUUAGGACAGAGGUCGAUGAGUUUAUCGGGAUUGAUUAUGCCCUGAUCGAUGACCCAGUGGUGACAUCCAGGAGCCUUGACAUGUACUUCAAGGUCAGUCUUUGAUUGAGGUAUUUUGAUAUUUCAGGGACUUACACAAUGUGACUGAUGGUAACAGUGUGUGUUGUUUUUGUAGGGCAUGUUUUUUGACUUGGCAAACCCGAAUGAAACAUUGGUGAAUGAUGCAGUGGAUCCAGUCAUCAAGGAGUACGACAGGAUGGUUUAUUUAGCUCUGUCAGAGUACUUCUUUGACAGUGGGAUGUUUGCUUACUACAAAGCAGGAGUCUUCCAGAUGCACAUCGUCAAUGAGAAGGUCCUGAAAACUAAUGCAGACUGCUGAAACUUCAAGACUGUCAUAAACAAUAAAAAGAGCCCAAAAGCUCAGCGGACGUUCAUUGUCAGACAUCAGAGAUUACUAAAUACACAACUUUCCAAAACCAUUAGAGGACCAAAACCCCCUUAAUACCCCUCAAACUACUUCACAUUACCCUAACUAAUUCAAACCCUUAAACCACCACCAGUGGCAUUUUGACAACCCCAAACCAACCAAGAUUCCCAAAGAACAUCAUUGAUAGAGACAACCCAAACCAAAACAGUCCAUGAAAUCUCCACGACACAAGAUCUGACGACUAAAACUUUAAGUGUUGCAUAAAAAAGACCACAAACCCCAACACCAGUGCAGACAUACUAAAGUUGAACAGACCAAUUAAACCACCACAAACUUCUCAAACCAGCAAUGUCAUCAAAACAAUUAACUAGAGACCCUCUUUAUCAGCACAGACAACCAGGACCAUCACAAACUCUAAGGACUCAUUUAGACCCUUCAAUCACCCACAGGAUACCCUGAGACCCCCAAAAAGAUUACAGACACAUAAUGUGCUACUUAAAAUCUACCUUCCAAAUCAUCCACCAUCCACAACAACAAUUCCUAAACCACCAAAGCCACCAAAACAACCCAAAUCUAGAAACCACCAGUUCUUCCAAACCAACAUGGUCAAGUAAACCCAUUCCAGACCCUAAUGUUCACAUGAACCACAACUACCACCACCACCACUAACUAUAGAAACCACUAUGAACCCAACAAACCAGAGAACUUAAUCUCAAAACAAUCAACAACUAGAAACCACCAUAUCCCAUCUAAACCACCGAAGAUAACCCCAAAUGCCACAGUCCCUGUAAACAGUCAACUCUGUAAACCACAGAUCCAACCAACCACCAAGAACCACGCACACCCUCAAAUGAUCAACAACAACCCCAAAACCAGCAAAGACCCUUAAUACCGCUUUCAGCAGCCAGUAGCAUCACAUACCAAAAGUGACCAAAGAUUUCUCAAACAACCCAGUCCUCAAAAACACAGCCAACUCUAUAAAUAAUUGAAAAGUCAAAAAAUCACAGUCCUUACAGACUACACAGAUCCUUCAAACCACCAACAACUUCAAAACACCAAAUAAACCCAUCACUUUGGAUAUCCAAGACCACCACAGACCAACCAUCACACACUGCACAGACCACCUCAGUUCUUAAACCCUCUCUUAACACUAUAACCACCCCACAAGCCCCCUUUAUUACCAUAGACAACAUAAAACACCAUUUUCAUAAACUCUCUGAGUUCUCAGAAACCACCAUAGAAUCCCAGAACUACAACACAAACCAUUACCAAACCCAUAACCACCAAAGACCACAAGCACACCAAAGAAUGUAUAAAUCACAAAUUUUGAUGCAAACUAAUGAAAUUUGGGAACCCAAAGACUUUACUACAUACCCAUAAGCACCACAAACCUUGAUACCCCUACAGAUAAUAGCUAAUACCAAAACCGAUCCAUGCACCCACUUCAGACCCCAGACACUGCCGCAAAACAGUUAAAUGUGAGUACAGCUGUUACAAACUAUUAAAACCAGACCCCAAAAGCUAAUACAGACCCUGUGAAGCAAAACAGUUUACGUGAAUAUCUAUACACCCCCAUGACUCUGAGACCACCAAAUGCAAAUAGAACAAACAUAACUCUUCUUCAGAGAAAAAUAUUGUCUGAACUUUCUUUGUCAUCUUGUCCUUCAGAUGUCUAAAGACAUGGAGAUGCUGUUGAGGACCACCUACUUUGGAGCUUUAAUGAUGCUGGUGAGCAAGAAAACAACAGAAAUGUUGAUACAUUAAAAACUUAGAGACCUGGGGGUUGGUUGCAGAAAGCAGUCUGAUCUUAUAGAAGUCAAUGAGAACAUAAGUCUAACUUUCAGGUGUUUUUUAUCCUCAGUAGACAUCUUCCAUAUGAGUUUGUGGUCUUGAUUUCUGGUAACAAGUCUUUUUCGGUGUGCAGCAUGAUGUGUAUUUACUAAAUUAUAGUCCCAUUCAGGGUUUAAAAAAAAAUGAUGAGACAGGGUUUCCUUGAAGGACUGUAAAGGAAAAUACAGGCAAUGAAAAAGGGCGCCAACCAACCUAUCCAAAUAAAACUACUCUGAGGCCCAAAAACAGUAUGGGAAAGGCCAAAAUGUCAGUCCGCAAACCAAUGGAUGGUGUCAUAGGGAUAUAUUUUACUUCUAUAUUCAGUGCAUGCCUUUCACCAGGAAAAUCACCUGCUUAUUUGGCAUUGAAAUAUACUGAUUAUACGCUAUACUCUUUCCACUGUCUAAUACUCAUGUUCAGCAGGUUGUCUGGAGUCAGAAAGGGACAGUUACACCACUUCAUUAUAACUAGAAAGCAAACAUUAAUGCUGUUCACCAUUUGAUUUAUACAGAGUGCAGACAGCAGUUUCAUACUGCAGGAUUGUGAAUUAGUACAGUGCUUCAUCUCCCUCUAUACUGCGGAGCUUUAUACUUUGACAGUUUAUUUUACAACCACAGUGCAGAGUAUAAAUAGUGAAACCAGUUCUUCCUGUGCCUAUUAGUGUGAACUGCAGUUGUGUUUAUCAAACCACCUCUUCAUUUUCACUCCAUGUAUUCCAUGGUGGAGCACUGCAAAACUGCCAUUUUUUUCUGCACCUCAUUUUCUGCCAGUGUGAUCUCUGUAGUUUUGAAAAUGGUUUUAUCUUCUCAUGGGAAAACAUGGUAAAAUACAAAAACUCUGCAAAUUACUUCAGUACCUCAUAUCUUUGCAGGUUCCUCUUAAAACAAAGCAGUGUUGAACAGAGUCGAAACCGAGUAAUUUAAUAUUAGGUCUAACUUGAGGCCCAAGUUCUUAGUAUCCAGGUUUGAGUCAAAUUCUGGUCGCCAGAGAGAAGAUCUGAGUUGAGUCCCCAUUACUUGUGUCCGAGUUCCAGGGAAAGACAGAGACAAGCUUGAACUUGCUCACAGAUUAUGAGGACUUAAUUUGAAUUUAAACACAGAAAAUGAGGCCUUGACUUGGACUUGGACACAGGUAACAAAGACUUGACUCAGACCAUGACAAAGGCAAUGAGGUCUUGACCUGGAUAAGCUCACCGAUAAUUAUGACUGCACUUGGACAAAGGAAAAAAGAACAAGACCUGGACUCAGAAACAGGUAAUAAGAGCACAUCUCGGACUAGGUCACUUGUCAGAAGUACUCAAUCUGGACCAGGACACUGGUAAUAAUAACUCCACUUUGACGUUAAAAGUCAUGAGGACUGAACUUGGGCAGGAUAAUAGCAAUGACCACUCAGCUUGAAUUCAGACACAGGUUAUGAACACCUGAUAUGUUUUCAGGUGCAGGUGAAAAAAAUUUGAUUCAGACUUGGUUGUAGGAAAUCAACCUAAACUCAGAUACUGAAAAUAAAGACUAGACCUGGACUUAGACAAGAAUAUUCAUAAUUCAUCUUGAACAUUGACACAGAUAACAACCACUAGACUUGAACUCAGGUAACAAAGCUCUGACUUGGAUGCAGACAUAGGUGAUGAAGACCUGACUUGGACUGGGUCACAUAGUUAGGACUCCACUUGUACUCAGACACAUGUAAAAAGGACCCAAGUCAGAGGACUUUGAACUUGGACCUGGGUGCACAGAUGGUGAGGGCUCAACUUUGACUGGGACACAUUAAAUGGCUAUAGGUAAUGUGGACUUAGCUUAGACCUGAACACAGCUAAUGGACUUGACUAGGACUGGAGAUUUAGUGAAUUGAUUCCAACCCUGGUCCCUGGCAGAACAUGGUUAAAUAUGACUGUGUUUAUCAUUUUUGUCUGUGGGCUGUGGGGUGAAUCAGGGUUUGUGUUCUUGCAGGUCUUGGUGUGAUGUAGCAGCAUCAUCAUCUAUAUCUGUACCACACAUAUUUUCUCCCCUGGUAGUAACUGGUGUAUUACUGCAGUACUGUGUGUUCCGACAGUUCUUCCUCUGUCCUCUCCCCUCCAUAGAACCCGGCGUGGGUAGAGUCUCCGCUCUCUCUGAGGAUUGCCGUCAACUCAAAUCCAAAAACUACCAUUAAGACAUCCGGAGCGACAGUUCACAUGACAGCCAUUGUCCAGGUGAUGGUGUUGCCUCCAGGUCAGCCCCCGGUCCAGCUGAGCAGCAUGACCAUGGUAUAUACACACUGAUUCAUACACACUAAAUUCAUGGCAAAAAGAAAAAAUCCGUCAGUGAAAGAUGCAGUUAAUUAUGUUUUAUUCUUGAUCUGACUCUUCUGUCCUUUUGCAGGAGGCAAAGUUUAACGCUAAAGUCUCUAUGAAGGGAAAACGUCUGGCUGUUCAUGCUGACCUUCGCAGGUACAAACACACACAGACUUGAGUCUCAUUGGAAUCAUGUGUGAUGAUCAAACAAACUCUGAUUGGUCAGCUGGAUGUUGUGUGGUGUAGGAGGGUGUAGGGUAGAGGUGAAUGUUGGUCUCAUAAACUGGUUUUGGACUCUUGUUGAAAUUCUUGGGUUCUGGAUCAGGGGUUUACCAGCUGAACACAAUGAACUUUUGCAAAAGUCUUGGAAAAGCUUUGAAAGCACAUGGAAAAUUGCUCAAAGUUUUAAAUAUUUGAAAACCACAGACUCAGAGGAAUAAAUCAAACUCAGCAUUUUCCAUCUGAAUGGCAGAUUACAAACUGCAGAGGUAUUUCUUUUUUGUCAGUCAGACUGAAACAGCUUUUUUGUGUUACAGGUUUAAAAUCUACUCCAACCAGUCAGCUCUGGAGUCCCUGGCAGUGAGUGUCUUUUUUAGCAUUAGCAUUGAGUCUAUAGCAUUGUAAAGACUUAGAGUUGGACCUUAAGUACAUUUUAUAUCAGCUUUAACCUUCCUGUUCUCUCUGUCUGUCUGUCUGUCAGCUGAUUCCUCUGCAGGCUCCUCUGAAGGCAAUAAUGCAGAUGUCUGUGGUUCCACUAAUCAACAGUAAGAACUUAAUUCUGUUAAUGUUUCCCUAUAACUUCUUUUAACAACAGAACAUAUUUUGUACAUUCGUAUUUUGCUGCUUAAUUUUCUUCUGUGUGGACCAAACAUUCACCUUUAUUCAAAUGUCCUGUGAGGAACUUUUAGUUUUGUCACAUUUGGCGCCUCCCUGUGGACAGAGGACACUUUGCUUAUUAUGUCCUCUACAUGUCUAAGUUGUGAUGUAUGACAAACUGUCACCUGUCCAAAAAAAUCCCAUCACCCUGAUUUUGACAUUCAAAUUUGUCAUUCAUCUAUAGUAUAGGAAAAUGUAAUACAGGGCUAUUUCUUUGGCCACAUGGCUGACUCCCCCUCACACCCAUUACAGGUAUAAAAUUUAGACUCAGGUAAAAACUACAACAGAAAAUUUGUCGAAGUUGUUGCUGAUGGUCUUAUUUUCUUAUGUAAAACAAAAAAAGGCAUCAGUAUGAAUUUCAGCCUGUUUCAUGAAUGUCAAAAAUUUCUUACUGGAGCUUCCAAAGGAGACCUAUUAUACUCAUUUUCUCCUUCAUUCUUCCUGAGCAGCAGCAGGAUGAUUUGCAGCUCAAAAGUUUCACUUAUUUAUCUUAUACGGAUGUCCAUGAGAACCCAGAUUUUAAUAUCAUUAAGCCUCCACCUGAAAUGCUUCAUUUUGGCAGCUUGGCCACUGAGAGAAAAAUUUGACAUAGCUUGAGGGUGUUACUUUUUACACAGCUUCACAGCCAUGAAACAGGCCUAAAGUUAUACCUUUAAGGAAAACAUCUGUGGCAAGCUGUUACUGAUCACGUCCAAAAUUUAAUUUAAGACAGCCAUUUGAUACUGAAGCUCUGAAGUUUGUUUUGUUUGAGUGAACCAGACAGCUUCACUCUCAAGUUUUAAAGCUUGUGUCAAAGAUGAAAUGUCACUUGAUGGCUUUUGGUUGAUUUCUUGAGAUCUUUACUGAUUGAUUUCAAUAUUUUGAGAUAUAAAGGCUGCUUUUUCCAUGAUGGAGGGUUAAAAGUUGUUUUCUUGAGGUUUUCUGAAGAUAUUGAGUUAAAUUAUCAAGAUUUCAAGGAAAGUCUUCCUUGUUAUCACUGAAACAUAAAGUCCUUAAAGUGAUCAAAUGCAUCAUCAGUAGAAGUCUUAUUGUGUCUUUGUGCAACAGUAUCUUAUUUGUCAUAUUUUGAAGUGCUAAGUUGUUCAUUAAGCUGCCAAAUUCGACAAAAAUGUAGAGAAGCCAUGUUGUGUUGUGUUGUACUAAUCACUUCACUGAUUGUGUGUCUGUGUGUGUGUUCAGACUACACUAAGAAAGGGGUUCAGAUUCCUCUGGCUGAUGGGAUGGAUUUUAUCGAGGAGGUGGUUGAAUAUCACAACGUAAGUCAGUUUACCUAUAAAGGCUUUAGGUCAAACAUGUUUACGAGUAAUGCAGAGUUUCGAUUCGUCUCUUCUCCUCUAACAGUUUCAUAUGUGUAAAAUCUGAUUUCACUCAGUGCUGCCCCCUGGUGUUAACAGUUGUGCUGUUCUCUGCAGGGCUUCAUUGUGAUUGGAGCAAACCUUCACUUCACCAAAGGACUGAGAGAGAUGAUGGCAGCGGGCAUCCCAGCAGAGCAGAACACUGUCUAAAUAUGUAUUUAUGUAGAAUAUUAACAGUAUAUAUACAAGUCUAAUAAUCUUUGCUCAGUUAUUCAUGCUGUAUAUGACUCCAUGCUGUAAAUAAAGACAGGUGACUGACGACAACAAAGAAAUAAACCAACGAUAAAAAUAUCUUCAUCAAGUCGAACUUUCUCAAGGACAAACAUAGAUCUUCUCUGUGAAAGCCAGUCACACUUGGUCCCCUUGUGGACUGAUCAAGGAAAACAUGAAUUUUCACUUUUAUUUUAUAUUAUAUUUUGAAUAUUCACAGUGAAACUGAGACUCAGAUUUAGCAGAGACAAACCAGGAUACAGUGAAACUGAUACUCAGCACGACAGGAUGAGAAUACAAUAAAACUGGACUGUGGCCUUAAUUAGAGGAGGUAAACUGAAAUUAAGUGGAGACGUAUGUAAAUACAGUGAAAACAGAAUUAGUGGGGGCAGAAGUGGGUUUGAUAAAACUGAGACUGAGAGAUAGGGAUGCAUGAGAACUGAAACAAAGCAACGACAAAUGAAAAUAUAGUGAAACUGAGAUCCAUUGGAGAUAGCAGGGGAUAUAGUGAAACUCAGACUCAGAAGGAUGGGGGUACUCUGACAUUGAGGGUCAGGGGGACUAAUGAAUAUACCAUGACACCAAGGCUCAGCUAAGAUAAAUAGGAAUACAAUAAAACUAAGACCUAGAAGGAUAGGAAUACAGUGAAAUAGAGGGUCAGAGAAGACAGAUGGAUAUACAGGGAAUCUAAGACUCAUCAAAGACAGAAGAAGGUAAAGUAAGACCCACAUUGCAGUUGUUAUAUGUGGCACUCCAAAACUGUAGCACAGGAGCACAGAGCACAAGUUAUUGGUGGUGAUGUAUUACUGGGAUUAGGAUUGGGCAAAGGUCUGACUUUGAAUCAUUCCUAUAACUGAAGAAUGCAAAUCAAAAAUAUUCCAAACUUUUACUGAUAGAAUUAAAAUCUUUUUUUUUUAGGUUUCGGUAAAACUGAAAAACUCCAACUUUGUUUUACUCACUUUUAAAUAUUUCAGUGACAGACUGAAACUGAAUCAAUAUUAAAACAAGUAAUCAAUUAUUGAAUAAAUCAACAAAUAACAUGUUUCACUUCAAGCUUCAUUCAUUUAUUAAUAUGUUUCUUAUUAUAAAAAAACUUGUUAACACUACACUCAUUGAUUCCUCAUUCAGUCAACUAUCAUUCAACAGACCUUCAUUUACAGGCAUUUCACAGUAAUAAUAUUAGCAAUUGUGUCAUAAUGUUAGAGAAGUAACAAUUAAAAUACAGUAAAUUAUAAGUCCCUCUAUGGUGACAGUCCUUUACCACCAGCUAAUGAACUAUUUCACACUCUUUAAAAUGACAAUCACCGCUUUCACUCUAGUUUUACAUUAUUUUAACAUCCCUCCUCAUGUUCACAGAGUGAGUAAUUGCAGAUCAUCAUCACAGUAUAUAUUCAGGCUGUUUUAACUCUUUGGAGAGUCAUUUCUGAACUUUUCCGCAAUCCCAUCAUAACCGUGAAAGCCACAUUUCGCUCCAGCAACUCUGCAGCCAAAUGUCAGAGCGUCCUGCAAACUUCCACCUGUGGACCAAAAGAAUUUUCAUUUAUGAAGUUUAAACGUUGUUAAAAUUAAGCCUGAGUUUGGAGAACUUUAAACUGUAGAUUCAUCAGGAUCAGAUUGUAUAAAGCUGAGUGAUGUGCAUACAAUCAAACAAACAAAGUAAUCAGAACAAAUUUUUGGAAGCUGAUAAAAAAGUCAAAGCUCUAAAACAGAUCCCUGUGGUACACAUUCAGAGAUGAGUGAUCUGAAUGUGAUGAGGACAAACACGGGUGACAGUUUGUCUUAUGAGAGGAAUAUACAAUAGUUAAUUAAAUAAUUGCCAACACUUAAUUCCAACAAUUCCAAUACUUCUGAUAAUUCUGCAGCAUGGCCAUCAUAUCACUGAUGACACGUUUAAAGUACUGCAUUAACUGUUGUGAUGGAAAGGUUGUCAUUUUGUUUCUACAGCUAAAAAAGUAGAUUUUACUGGAUCAGAACCAAGUGUUGAACAUUUCAGGCCAGACUCUUUCUGACUAAAUAAAGUGAAUGAGUGACACUGUA